AUGAAUGCAGCUAUGUGUGAGGCAGCUGACACAGUGAGAGUGGGAGUUAUACUCACUGCAGUCCCAGACUCUAUGGUUAUAUGUGAGGAAGGACAUGGUUUGGAAUACAAAUCGCGGACGGAUGAGGAAGUUAAGCCCUUCUCCUUCGACCAAGUUGUGACUGUGGACAACAUACAGAAUUUCCACCCUGAGUUCCUGCAGCCUCUCACUGAGUCCAUAUCUGGUGGUUAUAAUGGAGCGCUGCUGAUAUGUGGAGGAGCUUCAUUGGAGAAUAUGACCCCUCUGAUUGACCACAGCAUGAUCAAACAGGUCUUGACAGAUCUGUUUAGUCGUGUGUUGUCACAAGUGAAAGAGGAGCUGUUCAUCUCUGUGUCGUUCCUUCAGUUUUAUCCAGACGGCAGUGCUGUGGAUCUUCUGAGCCCCAACAGAGAGACUCUAAAACGUGUGGCACACCCCGUCCUUGGAAGUCUAAUAGGAGGUUUAUGUGAGGUGUGUGUGUGUUCAGCAGAAGAAGCCUACACUCUGUAUGAAACAUGCAGGGACACACUGAGGGCCAAUGCAGGCUCCAUUUCCAGCAGAUGUAGUUCCCUGUUCUCUGUAGCUGUUGAGUGGAAACUCCAUCCAGAAGAGGUGGAGUCAGAGGUUUGCUGCAGCAGACUGCAGCUGUUCAGCCUGGCAGGAGGAGCGAGCAGGACGGACCUCAGAGGAGUCAGCCCACUGGUGAAGGUGGUGGAGGAAACCCAAAGUGAAGCCACAACUAGUGACAAGAUCCUCCCCUCCCUCCUAAAUGAUGCGCUAACAGGAAACAGCAGGACGGUGCUCGUCUACUGUCUCCACCCUCAGGGUGUUUUAGAUGAUGAAACCCCCUCCGCUUUAGCUUUGGCCCAGACAGUAAGAAGUUUGGUAACUAAGGCCUCUGUUAACCGCUGGUGUCCAAGGGCAACAGAGCAAAUGAUCAGAGACAGCAUCGUGGAUCAGAGAGCCGUCAUGAUGUCACAGGGGGAAAAUGACAUUCACAACACCAUCAGGCUAGUUGAGCUGACCCAAAACCUGCAGAUUGUGAAAGAUCAGUCCUGGGAGAAGAGAAGGGAAGAGUCAAAGAAAAGAAAAGACAAAACACAGAGUUGUCGAACCCUGAGUAUCCAUUUGCACAGCAGAGAUAGUAGAGAGAGUACGAACAACAUGAAACAUUUACAAACCCAACUGAAACAAGAAAUGGAAAAACAUAUCAGAGAGGGUAAAGGGAAUGUGGAGAAAGUGCAGAAGAGAGUAGCAAGUAUCCAGCGGCUGAGGGAGGCUCUGAGAGAGGAGACACUGAAGAACGGGGCCUCGACUGAGAAAUCUGACCUCUGUCAACAAGUAAUGCAUUCCAUCCAUUAA